ACCUCAAUUAAUGAAGCAAAGCUCUACUUCAAUCAAAGCUUUAUUAGUCCAAAACAUCUGGACAAAACUACUCAGAUAUUGCGAAACUUUAAGGUUCAGCUAGAACCAUGGCUUUCGCUUGUUAACAGCCUUAAUCACUCGUCGAUCCUCACAAAGUUGAAGUCACCUAAGCAGACUUUGACUCAGAUUAAUUUGGCCACACCUGUUGGAGCAGUGUGGACAAGGGCUCAGACGCAAGCAGACAGCAUUCUUCGGUCGGUCAAACACACGGAACGGCAUAUUGUUUCUAUGAUAAACAAUACGGCGAGACACCGCGGGGAUAUGGUGGUCAAUGCCAUUGGAGGAGUUUUUGUAUUCGUUCUCUUUAUUGCCUUUAUUUUGGUUGUUGGAUUGUGUCGCAUCGCCGUAAAGUCGAUUACCAAAGGCAAAGUCAGAAGCGCCAAGAAAACAGCAAAUGCUUGUUACUCAAGCGUUAGCUGCCUCUCUGUCUUCUCAAUAUUUAUUUUCCUGAUUGUAACCACCUUGGUUAUUUGCACGAUGUUCGUGAGUUCGGCUCUUUACACUGAAGGGUGCGUCUACCUUCAAGAAGAGGGCCUGGAAAAGUCGGAUUAUGUUCUUAGGGGCUAUUUGCGUAGCAUCUGGCCAAAUAUUGGAGCCCUCGCUGGCAUGCCUGUUCCAGGAAAUCUUCUGCGAGCCAUUAUUCAGGACUGUGGAAUGACGGAUACUGGCCUGUUAGCAUUGAUUGGAUGGACAAAUCUGGCCAACCUUUACAAUCUUGCCCAAAAUUCAGAUAUAAAUGUUGACAUUCUACAUGGCCAAGAAAAUCUACACAAUCUUCUGUUUAAGAAUGACCAAAUACCAAGUGUGGAAGGUAUACUUAGCUUGAACAACUGGGUCAACGAGCUCUCUGUAAUCGAAACAGAAGCCUUGGGCUUGAUCAAGGAGUUUGACCCUAACAAGCUGGACAUUGACCGGUUGGAUCAAAUUUAUAAUUUGUUGGGCACCUCUGAGGCUGCAUUGCCCACAAAUUCAUCGGUCAUCAAGGCCUUCUACAAGCUUCGGGAAAAAGCCCCUGAAAUCCGCAACAAUCUUAAAAAGAUUGUGGAAGAUUUGAGAAACUCAACCAACUCAAGUGCAUUGACUGCCGACAUCUACGCUGAAUUGCAAUUUCGUCUUCUGAGUGAAUUUGAGCCCGUCACGUCAUCAUACACAAGCAGGCUCUUCCCAUGCAAAAAGAUGAAAUACGCCGUUAUAAACCUCGUUGACACAGUCUGCAGAAACGAAGGCCUUCUUCCACGCCUUUACGUAUGGGGCUUGCUCGUUUGGAUAGAAUUAAUAGGAGUAUUUUUCACGUGCCUUUUACUAAUUGCAACUUCGUUAAUCAGCGAUGCACAGGCAUUGUCCCAAGCCUACCAUUAA